AUGUCUCCUCCCGCAUCAUCCUCUUCCCCCAAAUCACCUGUACUCAACAGAGAUCCACUCCUUGCCGGGAUGUCUUCCGCCCCCACAGAGGUUACGUCUGGUGUGGCGGCGACUAUCACGGCCAUGAAGGGCUCCCUGGGAGACCUAAGUACGAUGUUCGAUAACAUUAGCGAGCAGACGAAGCGAAUGGAGCAGAUGGGCGGUCAUGUAGAGACCGCCCAAAGCAUCAACGGCGUGCGAAAGCGCAUGCACGCGCACGGGCAAAAGCAUGCGAAUCAAAUCCAAGAAAUCAAGGAUCUGCUUCAAGAAGUGCUUCAAAAGGACGUUAUCGAGCAUCUCAGCCGACUGAUCGAGGCCGACAUCUCGUCGCAAAUUGACGACCUCGUGAAGAAGGAGGUCGAGCAACUGCUUCCUGACUGCCUUCCGAAGGAAUUGCAGGACGAGGUAGCCAGCUACAAGCAACAGCUCGCAGAAGUCGAGCGCAACUUACACAACUCAGAGAGUCGGCGUUUCAAUGCGCAACUACGCACGUCGCGCAUGACAGAUCCUUUACACACGAUCUACAAGAAGGAUGGAUCGGUCAGCGAUGGGUUUCCCAAGGACUUGGGAGGUCUCUUCCAGCUGGAUGACGAGACCGCGAAGAUCCUAAUGAAGGAGUAUGAUCUUGCGGACAUAUCCGAGUCCCGCGAGCGGAAUGUCAACCGCUUCAUGCAAUUCUGCGGGGUUACUUAUCAAUUGGUACCUUCAAGCCCUGGCGUCAGAUCCCCCACGAAGAGCAGAGUGCCUGUGGUGAUUGAACGUGCCGGUACCCCUGCGCAGUGGUAG